CUGUCCUUGGACCUCUCCUAUUCUCCAUCUUCUUCUUCCAAAUCAUGCCGCCUCAACCUCCACAACAUCUCCAGAAUACACCCAUUUUUAACCAAUGAUACCACAAAGCUAAUUCACUCCCUGUCCAUCAUGAAUGCUGCUGCCAGGCUCAUCCACCUUACCAACCGUUCAGUGUCUGCUAUCUCUCUCUGCCAAUCCCUCCACUGGCCUCCAUCCAGUGUCCUCCACCCCUCUCUGCCAAUCCCUCCACUGGUCUCCAUCCAGUGUCCUCCACCCCUCUCUGCCAAUCCCUCCACUGGCCUCCAUCCAGUGUCCUUCACCUCUCUCUUCCAAUCCCUCCAC